AUGGAUAGACUUCGCCAGGAAGAUAUGAGGAGGUUCUACCCACGGUUACUGCAAGCGCGCUGGUGGCUAAAAAAGGCUAACACAGAAUGGAUAGAUCCGAAAAAUCCCCUUAAGCGGUAUUGGCAAGGUGGUGUGUGCUAUCUGCGUUUUCUUUUCGAGUUGCUUCUGCAUGGUUCUCGAAGCAGCAGUGUUAUGGAUGGUGUAUUUCCAUGUUUCUCGAUUAAAAGGCUAAGCGGACCAUUGAUGGCACUCUAUAUGGCCAAAGUUAAGGUAUUGUUUCAGAAAGUUCUUGUAUCCCCUCUUUGGGUAUUUCUCUUGUGGAAGCCAAUGGCGAGAUUGUACGGAGGCAGCGCUGGUGGAAGUGUAGGAGGAGUCGCAAGUGGUGACGGACCCAUGAUUCAGAUCCAUGUAAAAGAUGGUAGGCUUUAUGGACGCUAA